GGAGCCAACCGACUGGGCAGAGCCCUCCGAGCCCCCAUCGACUCCGGAGCCGGAGCCGGAGCCGGAGCCGUCUGAGGAGCAGCCGCCGCAGCCCAGCGCUCCCAGCUUCCCCAUGCAGGAUCCUGGAAAACAAGUGGAGAUCAAAGAAACGGAAAUUCAGGUCCGGGAGCGUUCGGAGAACGAGUGGACGGCCGAGUGGGACUGGGCAGAGACGGAGCGACGCUCGCGCGCUCGGACCACCCAGGUGACCCGCUCCGAGGUCAGCGUGACGUCAGAGGUCAGCGUGACCUCGCAGAGCAGCGUGACCUCGGAGAGCGGUCAGGUCACCGCGCAGGGAUCGGCGGUCGAGGAGAAAAUGGAUAUUCAGCAGCACGAGCAACAAGAGCAGGAUCAACAGCAAGGACAAGAACAGGAAAAACAGACGAAACAGCUUGAAAACCAAGAGAAGCAGCAGCAGACACCGGACGAAACGGGUCAGCAGGUGAAAGGUGACGAAGAAGCACAGAAUAAUGGAGAUAAGAAUUCUGCAGCGACAAACGUCACUGAACAAAUUCACUAAGUCACUAUACGCGGACCGGUUUUACGGCGCUGGGCGACCAUCUUGAGCCCCGGACAGCCGGGUACAAACGGGACCGGGCGUGCCCCCGCGCACCACUCGAGCCGUCGGCAGUCCCCGGUCCGGUUCAGCACCUCCUCGACCCGACCCGACCCGAGGAGCUCGCGAUGUCGACCAGCGGCGUGCAGGACGUGGCUGGAGAGAAGGAGCUGGUCCACCAGCUCAUCCACUGCGGCAGCUUCGAGGAGGUGCUGCAGCAGUACGACCAGACUGCCGACACAUACGAACAGUAUUUCGUCAGUAACGACUUCGACGCGCCGCGGCUGGUGGCAGAGGCCGUGCUUCGUCUGUAUCCUGCCGACGGCGUCAUCGCCCGCGAUCAGCUGCAGGUCAUGGAUCUCGCCUCCGGCACCGGCCUCGUCGGACAAAGGCUCCACGAUGCUGGUGUGCGCCACAUUGACGGUUUGGACGCCUCCAGUCAGAUGGCCCGCAUAGCCCGGUCCCGGGGCGUCUACCGGCACAUCUUCAAUGAGAUCGUGGAUGAAUCUAAGCCGUUGGACAUAAAGGAAAACACUUAUGACGCUGUGACGAUUUCCGCUGGCUUCGUCAAAGGACAUCUUCCGCUGACUGCCCUGGAUGAAGCGAUUCGCAUAUGCAAGCCGGGCGGCUACGUCAUCAACUCGCUGCGUUUCGAGUACCUGGUGACGGUGGCUGAGUUCCACCAGCUGGAGCCGCACAUGGACCGGCUGGAGCAGCGCGGACUGUGGCACCGUGUCGACCGCUACGUCACCGACCGCUACUUCCAGGGCGUCAAACAGGGCAUCACCUACAUCUACCAGAAACUGUGAACGGGUGUCUCACAAAGGGCAGCAAGUACCUACAUUUACCAGAAGAUGUGAAUAAGCGCCUCAAAUUGGGUAUAUCACGUACAUCUACUAGAAGCUGUGAACGAGUGUUUAAAAUAGGGCGACGCAUGGGUAAAUCAUCCCCGAACUGUGAACGAGCGUCUAAAACACGGCACAAGAUGCAUCUUCCAGAAAUUGUGGACGAACGUCUAAAAUAUGGCAUCACCUGCAUCUAACAGAAAACGUGCGCUGAAGGGAUGAAGGGAAUCAUCUUUGCCUGUAUGCCUGUAAAGAGCUGUUUGUAAAUCAACCUUUAAAAUGGGACAGUAUCUAAUCAUUUAAUGCUGCCAAUGUGAAUCAAUUAUCCAUCAAAUAUGCUCGUGCAUCAGCAAAAUCAAUGCGCAUUACACGGGGAGGCACCGAGCUCAAUGCCAAGUAGGUAUAGGUACGCAUUUUUGUUUAUGUUAUGUAUUUGCGCCUAUCAAAAUGUACUUAGCAGAGCAUCAUCCUAUUAUAUAACCUAUUAUAUCAUUGCAGAGUAUACUUGAGCACCACUUGCAACAUUCAGGAUGUGUAAACACGCGACAUCAGAACAACUGGGUGACGUCUAAUCUAGGUAAUGUAACUGCUGAUGUCGAGAGGGAGCUUUCAGCUGUAUCCGAAUGGAUUAGGUAUAGCCGACUUGUGGAGACAUCACAUUUACAUUUACCUGGCAAUAUAUAUGUUUAGGUAUGAGGUCUGAGGAAUAUAAUAUUGUACCCAUAUGAAUUGCGCUUAGUCGUUCCUGUUCACAUA